AUGACCACCACCACCCCCACCACCACCGACAACUUCCCCAAAUCCCUCUACUACGUCUACGUGCGCCUCUCCCGCCCCGCCGAGCUCCCCAACCUCAACGCCGGCCGCUACCUCCUCACCUGCGCCUCGCGCUACCACGCAGACGAGUUCUUCCGCGCGAACCAGAAGCGCCUCGGGGUGGGGCGAGUCUCUCCCCAGAUGUGGACGUACACCGUCGGUGGCGAGAUGGGGCUGCACGCCGUCCUGAAGGACGCAUCACUGCCGUUCAAGACCAAGGAGUCCAUCAUCAUGUCUUGGCUGCAGAACGGCGACAUCAGGAUAGCCUGGUCGGUUGCGGCGCCGCUGGCGGGGAGGGAGUGGGUCAGUGGGCAGGCGUACUAUGUAAGGAAUAUUAGGCAGCCGGAGGCGUAUUGGUGUCUUCCGGGGGCGGAGCGGGAGGUUGUGUCGUCGCGGAAGCGGAAGACGAGGUUUUGGGUAAGGGCCGUGGAUGCGGCGGGGGAGGGGCCGCUGUAUUUGGUAAGGUCAGAUCAUGUAAGGAUGGUGACACAGGGGGCUGGAGGGGAGGAGGUGGUUCUGAGGAGGGGGGCGACUGCGGGGAUGGGAGCGGAGGUGAUGUGUGGGGUGGCAGCUGCGGGCGGCGCGGGGGUAGAGUUUGCGUUUGGGGACUUGAUGGGAGGUUUUGGGACGGGGUGGGCGGAUGAGGUGCCGGAUGUGGAGCUUGUGACGUGGGCGCAGAGGGGGGGGGGGCUGGGGGGUGAUGAUUGGGAGCUUUGUUAG